AAGAUGGCGGCGGCGGGGCGGUGCGGGCCGGGUCUUCGGGUCCCUUGCUUCCCGGCUUCUAAGGCGGGCGGGGUUCUGUGAAGCGAGCCCCGCCAGGCCUCAGGCAUGGGCUUGCCGCCGCCCUCCCCUCUGCUCUUGGGGCUCCUCCUUCUGCAGGGCGUCCUGCGGCCUCUGUGGGGCGACCUGGUUUUCAUUCCUGCUUUCAUCCACAUGACCGGCCCCGCGGUCAGUGCGUCCCUGGUCGGAGGCACCGAGGAUGUGACCGUGUCCCUGGCCCUGCUGCAGGACAAGGAAGGAUUAUUGCCGGUUCCAGCUUGUGGAGUGCCGACCAAUGAGACAGAAGACUGGAGCUUGACUGUGACCCCCACCGUGAUAAGGCCAGAGAAUGCGUUGGAUGUGACAGUGAGGUUGAAGAGGGGUCGGCAAAGGUGUUCCUCUAAUGAAAUGGAUUCCUUCUCAGAGUCCCUGUGUAUGGUCCAGACUCUUCUGGUUUCAGCAUCUCGCAAUUCAUCCUGUUUAGCCCAUCUACUCAUUCGAGUGGAAAUUUAUGCCAACUCUUCUUUGGCCCAUAAUGCCUCAGAGAAUGUGACGGUAAUUCCCAACCAGGUGUAUCAGCCCCUUGGGCCUUGUCCUUGUAAUCUGACAGCCGGGGCCUGCGACCUUCGCUGCUGCUGUGACCAGGAAUGCUCGUCCAAUCUAACAGAGCUGUUCAGAGAGGCCUGUUUCACUGGCGUUUUUGGAGGCGACGUCAAUCCGGAGUUUGACCACCUGUGCUCUGUGCAGGAGACCCCCGGGGCCCCUGGCUGGUUCCCGUUCCUGUGUGUGCAGUCCUCGCCGGCCAACUCGCCCUUCCUGGGCUACUUCUACCACGGCUCCGUUUCCCCUGGGCAGCACUCUUCCUUUGAGGUGAACCUGCAUACUGACCUAAGAGACUUUUCAGACUUCGGUUAUAAGCAAGGAGAUCCGAUCAUGACUGUAGACAAGGCAUAUUUUACCAUUCCGCAGGUGUCCCUGGCUGGGCAGUGCGCGCAGGACGCGCCAGUGGCAUUCCUUCAGAAUUUUGAUGUUCGCUGCACUACUAAUUUGGAAGUGUACCGAGAGCAAGAUGGUAUUAUCAAUGCGAAGAUCAAGAAUGGUGCGGUAGGAGGCAUCGUUACACCAAAAGUAACCUAUGAGGAAGCAGCCGACCCAGACAAAUUCAUCACCAGGACAGAAACACUUUUAAGCAAUGAAUCAGCCUCCAGAAACGUAAAUGUGGAAGAACAUUAUAUUUUCAGAUGGAAUAAUAAUACAAUCAGCGAAAUAAAUGUCACAAUUAUUAGAGCAAAAAUUAAUGCCCACCAGAAAGGGAGCAUGACACAGAGAUUUACAGUAAAAUUUUUAAGCUAUAAUAGUGGUGAUGAAAAGGAAUUUUCUGGGAAUCCAGGUUACCAACUUGGCAAGCCUGUUCGAGCUCUAAAUCCCAACAGGUUGAAUGAGACGACUUUACACCUUUGGCAAUCGGCUGGAAGGGGUUUGUGUGCAUCGGCAACUUUCAAACCCAUUUUAUUUGGAGAAAAUGCACUAUCUGGAUGUCUUUUAGAAGUUGCGAUCCAUGAAAACUGUACUCAGCUCAGGGAGAAUGCUGUCAAGCGACUUGACUCAUUAAUACAAGCAACUCAUGUUGCAAUGAGAGGCAACUCUGAUUACAACCAUCCUAGUGACGACUGGCUUGAAAUAAUCCGUGCAGAUGCCCCUGACACAGGUGCAGACCCUCCUGUCAGUGUGAAUGGCAUCUGCGUGGAUAUUCCUGCCCGACUGCAUAUACGCAUCCUCAUCUCAGAUGCUGGUGCAGUGGAAGGGAUUACUCAGCAGGAGAUAGUUGGCAUAGAGACAAGGUUCUCUACGGUGAACUGGCAAUUCCAGUGUGGGCUUACUUGUGAGGAUAAGGCCGACCUUUUUCCUGUCAGUGCAUCUGUCCAGUUUAUUAAGAUACCUGCACGGUUACCCCGUCCACUGACAAGAUUCCAGAUCAAUUUUACGGAGUAUGACUGUAACAGAAAUGAGGUGUGUUGGCCGCAACUUCUGUAUCCAUUGACCCGGUAUUAUCAAGGUGAGGCUUAUUCUCAGUGCGUGGCCAAGAGCUUACUGUUGGUAUCCUUCUUGGUAUUAGCUGCAUUCCUCAGUAACCCCUGGACCAGAACACGCAAAGCUUGAAAUUCAUCUACCACCUGACUUCUCACAGACCACAGACUUUUGCUUCAGUGACUUGUCGUACUCCUGUGUGCCUGUCUGUAAAAUUGUAAUAAAUGCAGUGCUUUAUUUUUGUAAAA